CGACGUUGUGGUUUAACGGAGGUUUCAUCAUCCUCUUCUUCAGCGUGAAGGCGCAUUCGUUCCAUUACCUUCUUACCCUCCCUGCCUCCCUCCCUCUCUCUCCACAAUGACGUUGGCUACUUCCUUUGCCAGCCCUCAUGUCCACCCUUAUCCCAACACUAGUAGAAGUUGCCUUCUUCCUAUCAGAAGAAAAUCUCACAAGAACCGUCGCUUUCUCUUUAUCUCACCCUCCACCACUCUCUUUGCUUCACUUCCUGCUACUUCUUCUUUCAGUAUCAAGUCUGUUUCUAAUCCAGUUCAAUUUCGCCCUUUAUCGGACUCAAUACAUGAUGAUUUAAUGGAAGACCUCGAGAAUUCCCUCGCUUCUUUUGCUACCGUGAACGGAGUUCAUCAAAUUGAGGCCCCUGAGUCGUCCUCGGGCUUAUUUAUCCACGAACCACCUUGGUUUUCCUCCCUCUUUUUGAAAGGUUUGUACUCGGAAACUAACCAAGAAUUUAGAUUGGAGUUUAAGGAAAUUGAGAAAAGAAAGUAUAAUUUGCUGAGGAGAAGGCAGAUUAGAGCCGAGACGGAAGCUUGGGAAAGGAUGGUGGAGGAGUAUAGAGAGCUUGAAAGAGAAAUGUGUGAGAAAAACUUGGCUCCUAAUUUGCCAAAGGUGAAAUCUUUGUUUUUGGGGUGGUUUGAACCGCUGAAGGAAGCUAUAGAAGCUGAGCAGAAGUCGCAGAGGUCAAAGAAGAAAAAGGCUGCAUAUGCACCACAUAUUGAUUUGUUGCCUGCAUCCAAAAUGGCGGUUAUUGUCAUGCAUAAGAUGAUGGGUUUGGUGAUGCUGGAGCUUGAGGUGGGGUGUGUUCAGGUUGUUCAGGCUGCAGUUCAGAUUGGUAUGGCUAUAGAACAAGAGGUUAGGAUUCAUAGAUUUCUGGAGAAGACUAGAAGACACAAUGGUAAAAAGGCAGCGGCUGUUUCUGAGGAUGGCCUUAAUAAUGAUAAAGAGAAAAUAAGGAAACGUGUAAAUGGUUUGAUCAGAAGGAAAAGAAUGAAAGAGGUGCAGUUGCUAUUGAAGAAAGAAGAAUUUAGUCCUUGGGGACGUGAUACCCAGGCUAAGCUGGGAUGUCGAUUAAUACAAUUAUUGAUUGAGACAGCAUAUCUACAUGCUCCACCUGAUCAGUCUGCUGAUACUCCACCUGAUAUUCGACCAGCAUUCAUGCAUAGGAUUAAAGCUAUAUCAAAAUAUCCAGGGCAAAAGAUUUUGAAGAAUCAUGGCGUUAUAGAGUGUGACCCCUUGCUCCUGGCUGGGCUUGACAAAUCUGCUAAGCAUAUGUUAAUACCUUACAUGCCUAUGCUAAUACCUCCUAAGAAGUGGAAAGGGUAUGACAAAGGUGGGCACUUGUUUUUACCUUCUUAUAUCAUGCGGACACAUGGAUCUAGGAAGCAGCAAAAUGUGAUGAAGAAUGUUGAAGGGAAACAAAUGCAGAAAGUUUAUGAGGCCUUGGAUACACUUGGACAAACCAAAUGGCGAAUAAAUAAAAAAUUACUUAGUGUUGUGGAGUCCAUCUGGGCUGGAGGUGGUAACAUUGCUGGCCUGGUUGAUCGUAAUGAUGUUCCUGUACCUGAGAAGCCUUCUGUAGAGGAUUUGAAACUAAUUCAGGAAUGGAAAUGGAGUGCAAGGAAGGCAAGGAAAAUUAAUCUAGAGAGACAUUCUCAAAGAUGUGACAUUGAACUUAAAAUCUCUGUGGCUCAAAAAAUGAAAGAUGAGGAAGGCUUUUAUUAUCCCCACAAUCUUGACUUCCGUGGAAGAGCAUAUCCGAUGCAUCCUCAUUUGAAUCACUUAAGUUCUGAUCUAUGUAGAGGCCUACUUGAAUUUUCUGAAGGGCGGCCCCUGGGGAAGUCUGGCCUACAUUGGCUGAAAAUACAUUUAGCAAAUUUGUAUGCUGGUGGCAUUGAAAAGAUGUCUUAUGAUGGCCGCCUAGCAUUUGUGGAGAAUCAUCUUCAUGAUAUAUUUGACUCUGCUGAUUACCCUAUUCAUGGAAAUCGUUGGUGGUUAACGGCUGAAGAUCCUUUUCAAUUCCUUGCUGCAUGUGUUAAUCUAUCUGAGGCUUUAAGAAGCUCAUCACCACAUUCUGUGAUCUCACAUCUGCCAAUUCAUCAGGAUGGUUCCUGUAACGGCUUACAGCACUAUGCAGCUCUGGGAAGAAACCAUCCAGAGGCUGCUGCAGUUAACUUGGUUGCUAGAGAAAAGCCUGCUGAUGUUUACUCGGAGAUUGCGGUUAGGGUUCAUAAUAUUAUGAGAAGGGACAGCAACAAAGACCCAACUACCUAUCCGAAUGCUUUAUUGGCAAAGCUUUUAAUUGAUCAGGUUGAUAGGAAACUCGUCAAGCAGACUGUGAUGACGUCAGUUUAUGGUGUUACUUUUGUUGGGGCACGAGAGCAAAUAAAAAGAAGGUUACAGGAAAAAGGACUCAUAACUGAUGACAGAAUGCUUUUUACUGCUGCCUGCUAUGCUGCCAAAGUGACAUUGGCUGCUCUUGGAGAAAUAUUUGAAGCUGCACGGGGUAUUAUGGGUUGGCUUGGUGAUUGUGCAAAGGUGAUUGCUUCUGAAAAUCAGCCUGUUUGUUGGACCACUCCUCUUGGUCUGCCAGUUAUACAGCCAUACUGUAGAUCUGAACGUCAUCUGAUCAGAACAUCACUCCAGGUUUUGGCUUUGCAGCGGGAGGGUAGUGCAAUAGAUAUCAGGAAACAGAGAACUGCCUUUCCUCCAAACUUUGUACAUUCACUUGAUGGUUCACACAUGAUGAUGACUGCUCUUGCCUGCGGGGAUGCUGGCUUACGUUUUGCAGGUUUGAAGACAUAA